AUGGUCGACAACGUUAGAGCGAAUGGGAAUGGCGUUCGUCUGGCCCCGUCAACGAGUCCGUCGAAAGAGGCGGCGAGAGUACCGAUCGGGAUCGUCAACUUUGAACCGACCGUAGCCCCUGUUGGUUCUCCGAAUUCGCCGACGAGAAGACCUGUCAUUAAGAACUCUUCUCACAUCAGUUCUCCAGCGUCUUACGUUCAACUUCCGACUGGUUUUUCAGUCGGAGGAGGCCACGUGCUAGCGACGGUAGAUCCAGCUGAACGAGAGGAUGGAGAAGUAGAACCCAAGGUGUUUGUCCCUUAUGAACGGGUACCAGAUCUCCCUCCUCGCAAGGUCGAAGUGGAGCGGAAGAAGCGGCUUUAUGAAUCCGUAGACGUCGGUGCGCUACUUAAGCAACGUAUGGACGACUUCUACAGCUCAUCUGUGUACCAGAAACUCGAAAUGGACACCAGCGGAACUGCGAAAAUGGUUCUGGACAGCCUGGAGCUUUACCUAUUCGACGACGAGAGCUACGAGAUCCACGAGUCUCAAGAAUGGAUCAAUUUAGGCCGCAAAUGCAACGGAAGUGUGCGGAUUCCUGUCACCGCAGCAUCUUACAAUGUUCGCGGCGUUGUUACCGCUUGGCUCGAGGCGUACGUGGUGGGGUAUAACUCGGAAAAGAGACUUUUCUCGGUGGAAUUCCAACGUAAUGACAAGACAGAGGUUAAAGACUGCAGACGACUGGACGUCUGCUUCAAGGCUGAAGACCCCAACAACUUUGCAGACCGAUAUGUAGCAGCUCAACUGGCACGAGUUCAAGCCCAAAAUUUGUUAAGGAAGAACUUCUACAUCGACUGUAUGCCACUGGAAGAACUGCACAAGUUAGGCAACGCGAGUUUAGGAAAGAUAACACGUCUGGCCACCGCUGUGUUCCACGGGAAGAGUCUUCGGAUUCCGGAUACGACACGUAUCGUGCACGAAAUCCAGCUUAAUUACUUGCGCACGAUGUGCAGGAUCGUGUUCGAAUCGCAUCAAGAAAUGGGAAGAAAUGCAGAUAUUUUUCGAGGUUUUCUUACCAAAGAAGAAGAAGUUCCAGCGGAGCCCUGUUCGAGAGUAAUCGUCCUGUACACUACCAAAUCUAAGAGAACGAUCGCACCUCCUGUCGACUAUGCAGAUCAAUUCAUUGGCUUCUCCUUCCAGACGUUCCUGACGUCACCCGAGGCCUUAUCAGCUCUCAUUAAGGUAAACGAAGAGUGCUAUCGUAUCUUACAACUAGAGCUUUUCAGUGUGAAACCAGGACGAAGUGUUAAACUCGAAGAAUUCCAGCAGCGACAGCAAGCACUUGAACGCGCAGUACUCAAGACAAUUACCGAAGAAUGGUCAGUUAAAGUCGCGUCGAUCAUCAAGACUUCGCUUGGAAGCGUAGGCAAAGGCUGGUACUACUUACAGGAGACCAGACAAGACACAUACGAUUUCAGUAAGCUGCGUUCGCUGCUACGGCGCGUCAACUUUUCCAUGAAGGACACGCUUCGCUUCCUCACCGAUCACUCGCUGCAUCAGUUCCACGACUUUAUCAAGAACGCUACACUUGGAGACGUACAUAUCGUGGAUGCCAAGACCGCGUUCGUGGCUUAUCCAGACUUGAAUCGCCACAAGCUCGGCGACAUCAAGUGGCAGCACAUGUGUUUAGAGCGACAGCUAUUGGCUCCGACGUCGUUGUUUACUGUGAACCUUAGUGUUUCAACGGAGCUGUACGUGAUCAACCAAAGCGAAGUGGACGCAGCAGCUCAAGUCCACGCUAGUUGGCGUCCGAAGGACCCAGAAGAUGCCUCCGAGGAGAACCCACACCACCUCAUCGAACCCAAAAUGGGUCAUAUCUUCUCGUUCAGCACCAGCAUCACAAUGUUCAAGACUGCGGUACUCGAUAUCUUCAUGAAGAUGCUGGACAACUUGAAGAACAUCAAACAAGUGGAGCAAAUGGUCAUGAGUAAGCUCUUCUGGAGUAGCAUGCCGUGUCUCUCGUGUGUCAGUGCAAACGAAGACUGGGUCAUAGCAUUACGUGAGAGUAUAGACGCUCUGAUGGACAAAGCAGCCGUCCCGUUACGAGCCUAUCUCCAGCGUUAUGAGAUGUAUAUCUCCUUCAUUAACGUCAAAGAAGAAGAGUAUCUGGCUGAAUUUCUAGUUCAACAACCGCCUAAUCUCUCCAUGAUUCAAGAGGCUAUCAAGAAACACUACAACGAAGCGAAUACAGUGGAGGAUGUCAUUCCAACAACCAAUGUCGAGCUGGGGAUGUACUCUAUCAACUGCUUGAGUAUCCGUACGCUGUUAGCCGAGAAACAUCGACGUCUAGCGAAGAAAUUACUAGAUUUACAGCUGAAAAACUCUACCGGUUUAGCCAAAGAGUUAUUGGAGAAGUUUGAGAUGGUUAACCGACAACUACAGAAGACGCCGCAGAAUAUUGAAGAACUUACCGAGAUGAACGCCUACUUGGAAGGAGUCCCCUCUCAGAUCGCUCCUUUGUUGACUCAAAGCCAACAGCUUGUUAAGUACCGCCUUGUACUGGACUACUUCCAGUAUCCGUACGACCGCGACGACUUCAUGACGAUCUGGAAAGUGCGUUUGUGUCCGAACAAGAUCAAUGAGCAGGUGAAGCGCAUGACGCACAUGUUGCAGAUGCAGAAGACCCAGUUCUCGACCGAAAUGAACGAUCAACAAGCGGAAUUCGCUGAAACGUUGAGGAUCUUACACGGUGAAGUCGACGGCUUCCGACAGUACACAGACAUCGCUCGCUUGGAUCAAGUAUACAAGUACGUAGUGAACAUCGAGCAAAAGAUCGCAAAGGCUGACGAAGACGCCAAGCUCUUCAACUCGCGCGAAGUUUUGUUCGGUCAGGAGCUCACUGACUACGACGAGAUCCAGAAGAUCCGUCGCGACUUUGAGCCGUAUUCGUUGCUCUGGAAGACCGCGAAUAACUGGCUAAGAGAGCACAAGAAGUGGAUGGAAGGAGCAUUCCUAGACAUCAAUGGGGAAGAGAUCGAGACGUUCGUGGAAGCCAAUUGGGCGUCGAUCCAGAAGGCACUCAAGCAGUUCGAGAAGCUCAAUGUUAAAGGGUGUUCCAGUAUCGCAGCGAUGAUCAAGGACAGCAUCGCAGAGUUCCGACCUCACGUUCCCCUUAUCUUGUCCAUGCGUAACCCGGGUAUGCAGGACCGACACUGGAGUCAAAUUAACCAAGAGAUUGGCAUGACAUUCCGUCCUGAUCGAAGCAUGAAGUUGAGUUACGUUCUUGAAUUGGGUCUUGAGAAACACAUCGACGCUAUCUCUCGUAUCGGUGAGACGGCAGGCAAGGAACACCAGAUCGAGAGGACUCUCAGCUCCAUGGAAGAACAAUGGUCUGGUGUCAACUUAACUAUCGUCGACUAUCGCGAGACAGAAACGUUUGUAGUGAAAAGUGUGGACGAGAUCCAAGCGCUGCUAGAUGAACAGAUCACAACGACUCAAGCGAUGCAGUUCUCUGCGUUCAAGAAACCGUUUGAAGAGCGAAUCAACCGGUGGGAACGUACACUCAGCACCGUGUCUGACGUACUAGACGAGUGGAUCCAAGUGCAGCGUAGUUGGCUCUAUCUUCAACCGAUCUUCGACUCUCCGGAUAUCAACAAGCAGCUCCCAACUGAAGGUAAACGCUUUGCUACGGUGGACAAGAAUUGGCGUCAGACUUUGGCUGCAGCCAAGCAGAAACCCAGUGCCAUCACGUUCUGUAACAACGAUAAGUUGUUAGACCGUUUCCAAGAGAGUAACCGGUUCUUGGAGCAAGUUCAAAAGGGAUUAAGCGACUUCCUCGAGACGAAAAGGUCGGCUUUCAGUCGCUUUUACUUCCUCUCGAACGAGGAACUGCUCUCUAUUCUUUCGGAGAGUAAAGACGUUAAGUUAGUGCAGCCUCACUUGAAGAAAUGCUUCGAAGGCAUCGUGUCGGUGGAGUUCCAGGAAGACCUCACGAUCACCGCCAUGAUCUCCGCUGAAGGAGAGAAAGUGGCCAUGACCAAGCCUGUGAAUCCUGUGAACAAGAACGUGGAGAAUUGGAUGACCGAAGUGGAAGACAUGAUGCGUGUCUCCAUCCGCGACGUCAUGUACCAGGCCAUUCAGGACUACACGAAGAUCUCACGCACUAAAUGGAUCCAGAAAUGGCCCGGUAUGUGCGUGUUGAACGGCAGUCAAUUCCACUGGACGCGAGAGAUGGAGGAGGAGAUGGCAGCGUCUGGAAGUGACGGAGUCAAGCGCAUGAUGGAGCGACAGUUAGCUCAACUGGCAGAUAUGGUGCAAAUGGUACGAGGUCAUCUCGAUAAACUAGCACGUGUGAGUGUGGGGGCCUUGGCUGUCAUUGACGUGCACGCUCGAGAUGUUACGAUGCGGUUAGUUAACAACAAAGUGAGCUCGAAAGACGACUUCAUGUGGUCCAGCCAGCUCCGAUACUACUGGGAAGACGAUCUCUUCGCUGAUAUGGUAUCAGCUCGCCGUCCGUACGGCUACGAGUACUUAGGGAACUCCUUCCGUUUGGUGAUCACUCCUCUAACCGAUAAAUGUUACAUGACGCUCAUGGCAGCUCUACAGAUGACACUGGGUGGAGCUCCAGCUGGACCUGCAGGUACAGGGAAGACAGAGACGACCAAAGAUCUGGCCAAGGCUUUAGCUAAGCAAUGCGUGGUGUUUAACUGCUCUGACGGUCUUGAUUACAUCGCUAUGGGCAAAUUCUUUAAAGGAUUGGCUGCUUGCGGUGCCUGGGCGUGCUUUGACGAGUUCAAUCGCAUUAAUAUCGAGGUUUUGUCUGUGAUCGGCCAGCAAGUUACGACGCUUCAACUCGCUAUUCGAGCUGGAGACAAGCGGAUUAUGUUCGAAGGCUCGGAUAUCGCAGUGAACCCGCAGUUUGGAGUGUUUAUUACCAUGAAUCCUGGGUAUGCUGGUCGCUCGGACUUGCCCGAUUCCCUUGCUGCGUUGUUCAGACCUGUGGCUAUGAUGGUGCCGGACUAUGCUAUGAUCGGAGAAAUCAUGUUCUUCGCUUAUGGUUAUGAGAAGGCCAAACAGUGUGGAGCAAAGAUGGUCACGACGUUCAAAUUGUGCUCCGAAAUGCUGUCGUCUCAGUCUCACUAUGACUACGGUAUGCGAGCCGUCAAGACUGUGAUCACUGCAGCUGGUAACUACAAGCGAUCGGACCCAGAUAUGGACGAAGAAGUGCUGUUACUGCGUGCACUACAGGACGUUAAUUUACCCAAGUUCCUCGCACAUGAUAUCCCGCUUUUUGGUGGUAUUAUCAGCGAUUUAUUCCCGGGUAAAAGCCGCCCACAACUCAAUCUUGGUGCAUUGAUUCGCGUGAUUAAACUCACGAUAGAGAAGCAGCAUCUGCAGGUUCAUCCGUUCUUCCUUAUGAAGGUUAUUCAGUUAUACGAGACGCUCUGUGUACGCCACGGUUUGAUGGUUGUGGGCUCUACAGGUGGAGGAAAAUCCGCCAAUCUUAACGUCCUCGCUGAUGCACUUACAGAGUUAAAACAACUCGGAGAGAUUGGCCAUGCGUACGAGAAGGUUAUAAGGUACCAGUUAAACCCGAAGUCCAUCACAAUGGGUCAGCUUUACGGCGAGUUUGAUGCCAAUACUCACGAGUGGCAGGACGGAGUACUAUCGACGUUGUACCGUGAAGCUGCUAGUGACACCAAAUCUGACCGUAAAUGGGUUAUCUUCGAUGGCCCUGUGGACGCUAUCUGGAUUGAGAACAUGAAUACGGUGUUAGAUGAUAACAAAAAGCUCUGUUUGGCUAGUGGAGAGAUCAUCCAGAUGUCCAACGAGAUGACUAUGAUGUUCGAAGUGGAGGAUUUAUCUGUAGCUUCUCCAGCUACGGUGAGUCGUACAGGUAUGGUGUACAUGGAGCCUAGUUCUUUAGGUUUCGAUCCGCUUGUGAUGAGUUGGUUAGAGAAGGUUGUGCGUGAUAUCGGGCUUGGUAGUGUUCCCUCUGUUACCCAGUUGUGCUUGCAGCUUCAUCUCUUACUGGACGUUUACUUACGUCCAGCUCUACAGUUCGUGACGAGUUUCGUGAAGGAGUGGCUUCCUCAGAUCCCGUCAAACUUGGUCCAAAGUUUGUUGCGAUUGCUCGACUGUUUCUUCUUUCCAAUGCAGGGAGACGAGAAGAAAGAAGCCAAAUUGGAACGUGUGGGGUUUUACUUGAAGAACGUCGAAAGCUUCUUCCUCUUCUCACUCAUCUGGUCCGUUGGAGCCACUGGUAACGACGCAGGUCGUGAUCGUUUCGACGCUUAUCUCCGUGACGAAAUGAUUGGUAACAACGCGAAAAAGCCAUUCCCAUCAGCAGAACAAGUGUACGAUUACUCGUUCGAUCUUACGAAGGAGAGCUGGGUCCCGUGGCUACAGACUAUCCCUACAUUUACAAUCGAUUCCUCGACCUCCUUCUCCGAACUAGUAGUACCUACUGCCGACUCUGUACGCUCAACAUUCUUGAUGAACCUGACGCUCCCGUUGGGUGUUCACAUGCUUAUUGUAGGGCCUACGGGUACAGGCAAAACUAUCAAUGUGAACCAUUUCUUGGAGAAGUCGAAUCCGGACAAAUACAUCCCGUUGAGUAUGGCGUUCUCAGCUCAAAGUAGUGCGAACCAAACGCAGGAUUUUAUCGAUUCCAAGAUGGAGAAGCGACGCAAAGGCGUGUUCGGACCGACGGCAGGCAAGAAGUUUAUCAUCUACGUGGACGAUCUCAAUAUGCCCAAGCAGGAGGAGUACUUUGCUCAACCACCUAUUGAAAUCCUACGUCAAUGGUUCGAUCAAGGAGGUUGGUACGACCGUAAACUACUCACGUUCCGAACCAUCAUCGACGUCGUGUUUGUGUGCUCCAUGGGGCCUCCUGGAGGCGGCCGCAACCCGAUCACUCAGCGGUUUGUACGCCACUUUAACAUUAUGGGAUAUACUGAGAUGUCCAACGAGAGUAAAGCCAUCGUUUUUGAGACUAUCGUAGGGAAUUUCUUCAGUCGCUUCUCAGAGGAGAUCCGGCCACCUAUGAUCGCUAAGAAGCUCGUUCAAGCUUCCAUUGUCAUCUACAAUACCGUCAUCGCUGAGCUACUCCCCACUCCAGCCAAGGCGCACUAUACGUUCAAUCUUCGAGAUCUGGCCAAGGUUUUCCAAGGAGUAUUGAUGGGAGACUCGAAGCGGAUCACAAAGCUGGAACAAAUGCUGCGACUCUGGGUUCACGAGAACAUGCGGGUGUUUAAAGAUCGCUUCACGACUCCCAGUGAUCAUCAGUGGUUUAUCGAGUUACUUCAGACUCAAGUGAGUACAGUUUUUGGUGAAUCAUUGGGGAUAUCUGGAACAUCUACAGGUUCUAAGAAAGCGGCUUGGGAUCUAGUACAUCCAACGCCGACAUUGUUCUAUGGAGACUACAUGGUACCAGGAGCCGAUCCGAAAGUGUACGAGGAGAUCUCAGACGUGGAGAAGCUACAGGCUCAAGUCGAAGAGUAUUUGAACGACUAUAAUGCCGAGAGUAGCGCUCCGAUGAACCUUGUGCUCUUCAUGAACGCUAUCGAGCAUGUUUCACGCAUUGCUCGAGUCAUUCGACAACCACAGGGCAACGCGUUGCUGCUUGGUGUAGGUGGUAGCGGCCGUCAGUCUCUCACUAGACUGGCAGCGUAUAUGGCUGAGUAUUCGUGCACUCAGAUCGAGAUCUCUAAGGGCUACGGCGUCGCUGAAUGGCGCGAUGAUCUUAAGAAAUGCCUCAUGAAAGCUGGCAUCGACGAGAAGCCUCUGGUCUUCCUUUUCUCGGACGUACAGAUCGUGCAUGAAGCCAUGCUGGAAGACAUCAACAACGUGCUGAAUUCUGGUGACGUUCCAAAUCUGUACGCACCCGAAGAUCUGGACCAAAUCAGCCAACACUGUCGAGCUUACUGCGUCAAGAAGAGGAUCCCUCCGACGAAACUCAACACGUUCGCUCAGUACAUUUUACUGGUACGACAGAACCUGCACCUCGUGUUGUGUAUGAGUCCAUUGGGCAGUCUCUUUCGCGAUCGUAUCCGCAUGUUCCCGUCGUUAGUAAAUUGCUGUACGAUCGAUUGGUUCAGUGAAUGGCCAGCCGAAGCUCUACAGUCCGUGGCGGCCAGUUCCUUAUCUUCAGGCGAUUUUCAGCUGUCAGGCGAGCCAUCGACGUCUACAGAGGAGGAGUCAACCGAAGCGAAGGCAGCAAAGACAGCAGCAUCGAAAGCCGUCGUCAGUCUCUUCCAGACGAUUCACCAGAGUGUGGAGCGGGAAUCGGUCGAAUUUUUCGAGAAACUUCGGAGAUACAACUACGUGACUCCUACGAGUUAUCUGGAGCUACUUCAUACGUUUAAAACGGUGUUGUUAUUGAAGCGUGAGGAGGUUCAAUCGAAGCGUUCUCGACUGCAGAAUGGCGUGGACAAGAUCAUCGCUACAAAGGAGCAAGUUGCAGGGAUGCAAGAGCAGUUAGUCGCUCUAAAGCCACAGUUAGAGAAGACGCAGAUCGAAGUGGAAGAGAUGAUGAAGCAGAUCACGUUAGACAAGAAAGACGCCGACGAGACCAAGGCGAUCGUGGAGAAAGAAGAGCAGAUCGCCAACAAGAAAGCAGCAGAGACCAAGGAGAUCGCCGACGACGCUCAGCGAGACUUGGACGAAGCGCUGCCAGCGCUUGAAGCGGCUGUGCAGUGUCUGAACAAGCUGAAAAAGUCCGAUAUUGACGAGGUGAAGGCGUUGAAGAACCCGCCACACGGUGUCAAGCUCACGAUGGAGGCUGCGUGUAUUAUCUUCGGUAUUAAACCCACGAUGAAAGCGGAUCCGGACAAGGCUGGGCAGAAGGUGAAAGACUACUGGGAGAGCGCACAGAAGACCAUCUUGGGUAACGCCAAGAAGUUGAUGGAGGACAUGCUCAAGUUCGACAAGGAUAAUAUAGGAGACAAGAUCAUUCAAGAGCUGGACCGAUAUAUCGAUAUGGAGGAGUUCUCUCCUGCUGCAGUCAGGAAGGCCAGUGUGGCUUGUGAAGCGAUCUGUAUGUGGGUACGAGCCAUGCACACGUAUCACAAUGUGGCCAAGAUGGUGGAGCCCAAGAAGGUCGUUCUAGCAGCCGCACAAGCAGAACUAGACGUCACAAUGAGAGUCCUAGCAGAUGCUAAGGCACGUCUCCAAGCUGUCGUUGAACGGCUUGCUGAACUUGAAAGAAACUACAACAACGCUGUGGACAAGAAGGACCAGCUAGUGCGUGAUGUUCGACAGUGCGAGAUCCGUCUCGAGUCUGCGUUGAAGCUCAUCGGUCUGCUUGGAGGAGAGGAGACUCGAUGGGCUGCUACGAUCCGUCAACUCAACUUCGACUACACUAAUCUAGUGGGCGACGUCAUCAUCUCUGCAGCGACUAUCAGCUACUUAGGAACGUUCACAAGCGAAUUCCGAGAGUCUUGUGUGUCGACGUGGUAUAAGGCGUUAGAAGAGCUCAAGCUUCCACACACGAAAGGCUGCAACAUCAUCACGACGCUAGCAGAUCCAGUGAAAGUUCGAGGCUGGCAGAUCUCUGGUUUACCCUCGGAUAAUCUAUCCGUACAGAACGGACUUAUCAUGGCCCGUGCAAGGCGAUGGUCGCUGCUGAUUGAUCCUCAAGGUCAGGCUAAUAGAUUUAUCAAGAAUCUAGGCAAGGAUUCGUCCGAGAACGGUCUAGACGUGACUAAACUGACUGAUAAGGGUUUUUUGAAGACGUUAGAGAACGGCAUUCGCUUCGGCAAGUGGAUUCUACUGGAGAAUGUAGGCGAGAGUCUAGACGCCACGUUGGAGCCUGUUCUACUUCAGAACAAGUUCCGUCAAGGUGGUCAAGUAGUCAUGAAGCUGGGAGACUCUACCGUGCCCUACAACCCCGCCUUCCGCUUCUAUAUGACCACGAAGCUGCCCAACCCACACUACCCACCAGAGACGUCGGUAAAAGUAACCUUACUCAACUUUACCAUCACUCCAAAGGGUCUAGAAGAUCAAGCUUUGGGUGUUGUAGUCCAAGAAGAGAUGCCUGAACUGGCAGAGAAGAAGAACUCGCUGGUCGUAGCUAAUGCACGUAUGAAGGCCGAGCUGGUAGAGAUUGAGAACAAGAUUCUGUACAUGUUGGCCAAUUCUAAAGGGAAUAUCCUGGACGAUACCGAACUGAUCGAUACACUGGGCAAGGCUAAGGUGACAUCCGAAGAUAUUAACGAGAAGAUGGCCGAGGCAGAGAUCACCGAGAAGGCCAUCGAUGAGUCUCGUGAACGCUACCGUGGCGUGGCGUUCCGUGCAUCGUUGUUGUUCUUCUGUAUCGCAGACUUGGCACUUGUAGACCCAAUGUACCAGUACUCCCUACCGUGGUUUGUAUCGCUCUUCAUCAAGAGUAUCCACAGCGCUAUCGAGAGUGAUCAACUGGAAAUGAGACUCGCUCACCUCAACGACUCGGCCACGUACUCACUCUACCGCAAUAUUUGCCGCUCUCUCUUUGAAGAACAUAAACUAUUGUUCUCAUUCCUGCUUACUAUCAAGCUGCUAAUGGGAUCUCGAAAGAUUGACACGCUGGAAUGGCGGUUUUUGAUAUCUGGAUCCACGUCCAGCUCCAUCGAGGCCCCAAAUCCAGACACCACCUGGGUAGAAGACCGAGUGUGGCGUGAAGUGUGUGCUCUAUCGUCUUUACCGGCAUUUGAGACGUUAGCUGCAUCAAUGGCCACCAAUACGUCGCAAUGGCGCAAGAUCUUCGACUCUGCUGACCCGCAGGUUGAACGACUCCCGUUGGCUUUGGAUCUGUCGCUCAAUUCGUUCCAGAAGCUCUGCGUUCUCCGCUGUAUCCGACCCGAUAGGAUGACCGAAGCCAUGCAGAAUUUCGUAGCAGAACACAUCGGUCGUCGGUUUAUCGAGCCACCACCGUUUGAUCUCGCAGGCUCCUUCGCAGACUCGACAGUUAUCACUCCCAUUAUCUUCGUAUUGUCCACAGGCUCCGAUCCAGCCAAGGAGCUGCUGGUGUUUGCAGAGACAAUGAAGAUGAACCGGAAACUCAACUCCAUCUCAUUGGGUCAAGGCCAAGGACCAUUAGCCACCAAGAUGAUCGAGGAAGCCGUGACGAGUGGGAAGUGGGUUUUAUUGCAGAACUGCCACUUGGCUAUCAGUUGGAUGCCUCAGCUUGAACGUAUUUGUGAUGAAUUGAACCCAGACGCAACACACCGAGACUUUCGACUGUGGUUAACCAGCAGACCCAGUACAGCAUUCCCGACUUCGGUGCUACAGAACGGAGUCAAGAUGACGAAGGAACCACCUAAGGGGAUCCGUGCUAACCUGCGAAACUCGUACAUUAAGCUCACAAACGACACGCUGGACGCUACUUCUAAACCUGAUCAGUUCCGUAAACUCCUAUUUGGUCUCAGUUUCUUCCAUGCUGUCGUGAUUGAGCGCAAACGUUUUGGACCAUUGGGUUGGAACAUUCCGUACGCCUUUAACGAUACGGACUAUGACAUUAGCCGAGCCCAACUCGAGAUGUUCCUGGAUUUCUACGAUGAAGUUCCCUAUAAAGUGCUGUGUGUUAUGACGUCUGUAGUUAACUACGGUGGUCGUGUGACGGAUGAUAAGGAUAUGCGGACGAUCGAUGUUAUUCUCGAAGGAUUCUUUAAUCCCCAGAUUCUGGAGGACGGAUACAAGUUCUCAUCUAGUGGGUCUUACUACUCACUCACUGCCGACCCUGAUGACCCACUCGCGAGUUACUUGAGCUACAUCGACGAUCUUCCACUAAACCCAGAGCCCGAAGUCUUUGGGAUGCACGACAACGCGAACAUCACGUGUGCAUUAGCAGAAACAUUCCACACGUUUGAUAUCAUCCUAGCGCUUCAACCUCGGGCUGCUGUAGGCGCAGGAGGUCAGUCAAGGGAAAGUCUCAUCGAACAGCAAGCCCAAUCGAUCAUGAGUCGAUUGCCUCCACUGUUCGAAGUGGAGCACAUUAGUCUCCGAUAUCCUGUCAUGUACGAAGAAUCGAUGAACACGGUGCUGGUUCAAGAGGUACAGCGCUAUAACGCACUCCUCCGAGUCCUUCAAGUAUCUCUACCAAAUCUACAGCGUGCUCUACGUGGCCUCAUUGUCAUGUCACCCGAAUUGGAGGCGAUGGCUACAUGUUUGUUCAACCAGAAGGUGCCACCUCAAUGGGAGAAGAAGGCGUAUCCGUCGUUAAAAGCACUUGGCGGCUGGGUCGACGAUCUACUGGAACGUCUACAGUUCCUGACCAAGUGGGUAGACAACGGUAUUCCUCCGGUCUUUUGGCUGUCCGGCUUCUUCUUCCCGCAAGGUUUCUUGACUGGAAUCCUGCAGAAUCAUGCCCGACAGUUUGGCUUGGCUAUCGACUCGUUGUCGUUCGACUUUUUAAUGCAAAACCAGAUAGCAGACAGCAUUAAAACGAAACCGGAGAAAGGUGGAUGCUACAUGACGGGGCUCUUCCUGGAAGGUGCUCGGUGGGACAGAAUCUCACACUCGCUUGUGGAUCCACUACCCAAGGAACUAUUUGCUCGCAUGCCGGUUGUGCACUUACUGCCUACACAAGACCGUCAAGCUCCUCAGAGCGGCAUCUACCGUUGUCCGGUGUACAAGAUUCUUACAAGAACAGGAACACUUUCGACUACAGGCCACUCUACCAAUUUCGUUUUCUGGAUUGAGAUUCCAUCCGACAAGAGAACGAUUUUCCGGAACUCUCUCGUAUCGGAAACCAAUCUCCAGUUGCAGUUCGCAGACCAGGACUAUUGGAUCAAGGCCGGUGUUGCCUGCUUCCUCUCACUCAUGUACUAG